CGUGCUGCCGGUGCUGCCCGCGCUGCCCGCGCUGCCGGUGCUGCCCGCGCUGCCCGUCCCUGCCCGCCCAUGUCCCCCCCGCGCUGGGUGACCGGAUUCCUCUCGUACGAGACGGCCAAGGCGGUGGUGGUGCGGAGCUGGGCGGUGGGCGCGGUGAACCGCGCCGUGCAGCUGCUCAUCCUCGCCUAUUUCAUCGGCUGGGUGUUCCUCCAUGAGAAAGCCUACCAGGUGCGGGACACGGUCAUCGAGUCCUCGGUGGUCACCAAGGUCAAGGGCAUCGGGCGCUAUGCCGGCCGCGUGCUGGACACGGCCGACUACGUCACCCCCCCCCAGGGCACCUCGGUGUUCGUGGUGGUCACCAAGCAGAUCCUGACGGAGAACCAGGCGCAGGGCGUCUGCCCCGAGAGCGAAGCCGAGUACCGCUGCGCGGCCGACCGGGACUGCCGCGGGAGGGGCGCCGCCACCGGCAGCGGGGUGCUGACCGGGCGCUGCGUUCCCUACAACCGGACCCUGCGCACCUGCGAGAUCCGCGGCUGGUGCCCCCCCGAGGUGGACACGGUGGAUGUCCCCGUCAUGCUGGAGGCGGAAAACUUCACCCUCUUCAUCAAGAACAGCAUCCGCUUCCCGCUCUUCGGCUUCGAGAAGGCCAACCUGCCGCCCCCCGGCAGCGGGGCGGAGCUGGGCCGGUGCCGGUUCCACCCCGUGCUGCAGCCGCUCUGCCCCAUCCUGCGCCUGGGGGACGUGGUGCGCCUGGCCGGGCAGGACUUCCCCACGCUGGCCGCCACCGGGGGGGUGCUGGGCAUCAAGAUCGGGUGGGUGUGUGACCUGGACCGUGCCUGGGAGCGCUGCCUGCCCCGCUACUCCUUCACCCGCCUGGACGGCCGCGCGCCCGCCGCGGGAUACAACUUCAGGCACGCCCGGUACUACCGCUGGCAGGACGGUACCGAGCGCCGCACCCUCACCAAGGCCUUUGGCAUCCGCUUCGACGUCCUGGUGUACGGCAACGCUGGGAAGUUCGGGAUUGUUCCCACCCUCAUCAACACGGUGGCAGCUUUCACCUCCAUCGGCGUGGGCACGGUGCUGUGCGACAUCAUCCUGCUCAACUUCCUGAAGGGAGCUGAGCACUACAAGGCCCGCAAGUUUGAGGAGGUGCCAGAGGCCAGUGUGCCCGCGCCCCCCGCCAGCCCCAUGGUGUGUCCCCCCGGCGCGCUGGGGGGCUGUGGCCGGGACAAGCAGUCCACUGACUCGGGCACCUUCUCCCUCGGCCUCUAGCCCUGGGCACCGUGGGGCAGCCCCCGCGUUCACCCCGCACCCUGCACCCAGCCCCCUGCAUGGCUGCCACCCCCUUGCUGUCAGUGGGACAGGGCAUGGGGAACAUACUGGGCAGUGGGGGUGAUGCCUCCCCAGUGCCCCCCACCUCUGCAGCCCCCAGCACCUCCCUGCUCCCAGCACCCCCACCCCAAUAAACUUCAGGCUCACAGCA